AUGGAGAUCCAACCAGAGGGAACGGACCAUGAGGACCUCUCUCCAGGAGAGGACAAUGGAGAUGAAUCUGAUCAAUCCGAUCAACAUGAAUUACAACCCCCCACACCGCCUAGGGAGUUGAAAGUUCCGAAGUUCUUGACUGAAAGAGUGCAUGGGGAACCACGUCCCGACCCAAAAACUUCUUUCAAAGGCCACGAACAGCCGCCGGCAAAUGAACGCCUUGAACAAAUCAAGACGUUUCUUGCCGACGAGGAUGCGAACCGAUGCUUAGACUUCAAAGACAAGCUUAAUCAAAUAAAAGAUUAUCUUACUCACAUUGAGAAGCACCGAGUCCCAUGCGAUAAGAGCCUCUUCAAAGAUGCAAAAGUAAUGACAGAUGUCCAAGUAGAUUGGCAUGAUCGCAUGGAAAAAUCCGCUCUCGGCGAUCCCUUAUGUGUAGACACUCCCCAAAUCCAACCCUAUAGCACGAGACUUAUGUCGAAUGAAGUGACUCUUGCUAUUCGCGAAACGAAGGAAAUCAAUGGCACACAGACACAAAUUCGUGAAGAUCGGCCUCCUUUCACAGUUAAGCGUACUAAAGAUCAUGCGGUAUUUCUCAGAGCUAUUAAAGAAGAUGCGAAGAAAACUUUGACGGAUCUUACGGAAGAGGAAGAGAAUCGAAAUCUUUUUAAAAUUGAGAAUCACGCAUACGUUGAUGCAAACAAAAACCCGGCAUUAAUUCCUCUUUGGACAGAUCCUAUUCGCGGUAUAUCAGAUACUGGGAAGACCCAAAGUAGCGCUGAUCCUUGGUAUGGUAGCGGCCAGGUUCUAGGGGUUACUCCAGAAGGGGAAGGCGAACUUGAGCCAAAGCACAACCCUCUCCCACCUGUAGUCAAAGGAUACCUGGAAGCUGUACGAUACUAUUUGAAUGAGUACAGGGAGAAUGUCAUUUCCAUUGGACGUGGAGAUCUACGUCAUGCCAAACAGUGGAGUGUAGCGGCCUUGAAAAGCUUUUUGCGAUUAUUACCAACCCCAGAGGCAAAAAAGCUUGAGCGUAACGCCAAUGUUUAUUCAACUGGGCAAAGAAAAGGCGAUAUGACAGAAGAAGAAUAUAGAGCUGUCAAGGAUGAUUGGCAGAAGUACAAUGAUUUACAAGAUCAGCUGUUGGAACAUCUCUCUGCUAAGACUACUCCCCAAAUACAGUUGUUCUUUGACGAGCCAGACACGGUCAAUAAAGAUACGUACGACCCUACGAAGAUUAACAUCACACGGGAAUAUGGCGAACGAAUGCGGGAAGUCCAUGCAAUGCAAGCAGAGCUUCAUGAACUUAUGCGAGAAUGUCGUGACAGUAAAGGCCCGCAAUCUUGCAAUUGGUGGAUACUGGGGAGGAUGGCCGAGAUACUUUCACCUGUUGAACCUGAUAUAUUCGGUGAAGUGGGACAACAUUGGGCCCAAUUCAAAACCAGACACGUUCCUUUGCUUUGGGAUAAAGCAUUCGAUCUACCAUCUAAGAGAAAUUGGCUCGUCUCUCGUAGUGUCGGAGAUAGAGCCGUGAUUGAUCCUUACAUCAAGAGAUUACGGGAUCUCUGGACAACGAUUUUCGAGAAUGAACCAGAACUUCAACGUGAAGAAGCCGAUAUUGAGAGUGGUGCACCAUGGAUUGUAUUAUUACCAUUGCAAAAGGGAGCUCUAAGGACUGACCCAAUAAGACAUAAAAUGUCGUCCGACUUUUUGCAACCAUAUAUCUUCUAUGUACCUUGGGCCACUCCCAAACCUCAGCUUUCUCCGGAAUUAGAAAAGCAAUUGGAAAGAAUUCAUCGACUUCUAAAAGCAAAAAGCGACCAAGGAGGUGUAUUGAAUCAUGUCGGAAUGGCAGCACUUCGACAAAAUCUAGCGCCUUUCUUUUAUCCUCGACUCCGUCGAAUGUAUGAUCAAACACUCAGUGAUAAUAAAAAGGUUCGAGACAAGGCACUUAAGGCAUUUGCUGAUAUUCUGGAUCCUUGGCUAGCGGGAUUCGAAGGAGUUGGAAUCGAGAUAAGGAGUUAUAAGCCGGAGGAUAAGCAAGCUCUCCUGACAUCAACCAUACCAGCAACUCUCGUUGAUGCACCUGAUGCUGGAAAAGCUCCCGUAUUGAGACAGCGCGAUCCAUCCGUUCUAUAUCAGACCCAUAGAAGAUUAGACCCGGAUACUUUAAACACACUCAACGCACAACUGAACAAGGAUAUUCCCGAUAAUGGUGACGUCGGACAAGGUACUGGUGGAGGAUGGGACCAAAAGAAGAAGAAAACCUAUGCGAGUCUGCUAGGUUCUCCGGCUUUGCAAAAGAUAGAAGCAGAAUUAGACAAGAUUGAGGAUGAAAUCAAUGGUCUGAGAGCUGACGCAUCCCCCAUUGUUCUCGCUGGUUUGCAGAAAGAAUGGGGCCUCAUCAAGCAGAGGCUUGAGGAGGAAGAGAGACGGACUGUGAUCGGAGUCAAAGCCGCAGCCAAUUCCAAAUUGAAGGACAAAACCAUCAAAGUAUUACAAAGUGUAGAUUUCGUCGACACGGACGUUGAUACCGACAAUCUUCCUGGAGUCUUUUACCUCGCCACUGAACCACCUUCGCCGAUGUCUAUUCAUCCUACGAAGGUUGAUACUCUGUCUCUUGUACCCAAUCUCGAUACUGGUAUCCAUCGUAAUCGGGAACAAAAUUGGCAACAGUUUAUCCUAGGAUAUCCGCAAACAGCUUCUCAGUACGACACGGGCGCAUUAAACUUUCAGUCCAAGGCCGAAAGAAGGGGUAUUCAACGAGCGGCUAUUGAAAUCGCUUUGAAUUUAUUAGCCUCCAACUAUGAGCAACGUCGUCCGGACGAUCGAUUCCGUCGCACUGUAAUUCCUUCGCCAUGGCAGCAACCUCUACCAGAGGUUCCAAUAUCAAUGGAACUUGAACCUACCAAGCGACCCGUAGAAUUGGACACAAAAUACUAUACCAAACUUAUGGUUGAGUACACGAGGUGGAAAGAUGACGACUGGUAUGAUGCACGUGAAAAAAUCAUCAAGACCACCCCGGGUUACGUUCCACCGCCGGCUAAUUUUAAUGGCCCUUUUACAAUUCCAUCGAUGUUCGAAUACCAAGAUGCUGCUGCCAAAUACUUGGGAAGCCUGACUCCAACUUGGGAUGCUUUGUUACAUGCAGCCAAGACCUACCCGAGGCCAUUUCUGACCGCAGUUCUUGCACGUAUUGAGAGAGGUGUAAGGUUUGAGCCUGGUCAAGAAUUCGAUUUGCUUAACGAAGUAGCAAAUGGUAUGGAGGUGAAAUUGGUACCACAAGAACUCGGUGUCCUCCGGGAACUGACCGAACCAUCUUGGAACUGUCAUUGGCUGCCAUAUCCUCCGGUCGCAGACGACAAAGGAGACAUGCCUAGACAGAUUCUCGAUGAGUUUGAAAGAGAUAUUGAGGCACUACCAGAACCUGAGAAACCUCCAUACUGGGUAUCAGAGAAGGGCCCGAGUGAACCACCGAUAGGUACUUAUCCUUUGAGCCAGAGAGAUAUUCGUACAAUCAACAAGUAUGAUCCCCGUGUCAAGAGUACCGAUUUUGUGCCCAUGUUACAACUUCUCCAGCAUAUAAAUGAUCGUCGGACUAGACAGAAUUUGCCUCAUUUCGACAGAGUUACAGCGAGAAGGCACUUUACGACAAUGCAUGAAUACCAUCACAUACAUUUUGAAACAGGUCUUCAACCUGAACUUGAACUUGGCUUCGAGCUUGAUCGUGUGGCAAGAGUUGCAAUCACAGGCCAUCCCGAAAUGAAGUAUAUCGAUGAUCGACGUCGAGCGUUUGCCGGCUAUGGAAUUCACUGGGACGAAGCAACCAACACCUUUAGUGUUCAAUAUAAUGCGGUUCGAUUCAUGGGACCUCCGAUUAUCCAGCCUAAUCUCUACAGUUUCAUCGAAAAGGCGGCUUUCAAGUUCGGUAGAGCAAUCGCUAUGUAUACGGAAGAACUCACAAUGGACGAAAGGCACUACACAAGAGAACUCAGCCUCGAAGUUGUUCACCAUAGUUACUCAGACACAAUGAAACGCUUAGAAGGCAAGGAGCUAUACCCUGGGGAGCCCAACGUACCCCCCGCGAACCCCAACCCAAACAACAUAACUCUAAUUCGCAUCGCAUCUGAUCUCUUCAAGGUCGCGCCUGACAUCUUCACCGACCAUGGUCUUAACCUCGAAACGCUUCUCGACUCCUCUGUCCCGUAUUCCACCCGUUUGCAAUACUCUGCCCUAGUGAUUCAAACCCAAGUCAUCGAGGAGCUGAAUAAUAACUGGGAAUCUCGUUUCCCUAUGAAAGAAAAUGUUUGGGGAUUCGCCCGGGAUAGAUUGGUUAACCCUGUUCGCACUGUAGUCGCGGGUCGCACUUUUACAGAAUAUUACAAACCGCGUCAAUAUUUCAGUAUGCGAAGAUGGCCACCGUGCGAACAGAGUCCUGCUGGUCAACAAGUCAUCAAGGCUAGUGGGCCGGUGGUACAGGUAAAGGCUGUCAAGGAACCGGCAAUCAGAAAGUCGAAUGAGGAGAAGAAGAUGGAUUCGUUGAGGAAAAAGCAGGAGCCGGUACAUAUUGGGGGCGCGCCGCCUAAUUUCCCAUUCGGAGAGACGCCUUAUCAACAGGCUUAUCAGAGUUGGAGGAUCACGGAGGAUUUGAAAGAUGUUCCCGAGUUCAAUCCUAAACCUAAACCAAAGAGCCUCCUCGACAAAGUUCUUCCUACUAUUCCCCAGUCACCGAUAGACCGUUUUGCACUCCCCAGAAUUCCCCCUUCCUUCCGUCCCAGAAGUAUCCCUGUCGAAGUUUUGCGCCAAAAGACCAUUGCAGCCGCCCAAUCUAUGGCUGGCCUACCUAACCUCACUGAAUACUACAGAGAAGACAACGAAGCAAGGGCAAUAAACGAUUACCGUCAAUGGCAGAAAGAAAAUGAAAGGAUCAAAAUGAUUGAAGAAUUGGCGAAGGGGAAGAGUUGGCAGAGUAUGACAAGGGAUGAGAGAGAGAAGUAUGAAGGGGAAUUGGCUGUUAUUGAGAUGGAGGAGCAGCGGGCGCUACAGAAUGCAGGAGGAUGGAAUAUUGCUGGAGGUGAAGUUAAAGAGAGAAAGGGAAAGCGUGGUUCUGAUGGAGCCUUGGUAUUGAGGACCGGUCGUGGCGGGAAGAAAAGGAACCGAAGCGGGAGUGCUGGUGGAAAAGGGGGUAGAAAGAGGAGAGGCAGUAGACCGACACCGAUUCAAACUGACACGUUAAUGUCGGGAGCGUUUAUUUUACACUACUCUCUACUAGACUUAAACAUUACCAUGGGCUUAUUCCGAAAUAAAGACAAGACUCGCCUUGAACCACCUUCAGCGACACUCCCAGUUCCUUCAGACGAUGAAAAUAGGCUCUUGAACAAUCGCAAUAAUGAUUCUUUUAGAAGUAGCAACGUCUCGAGCGCAGAUACUCGAGUAAAUCAGGUUCAAAAUCCAAACCCUGGAACCACAACGACAACUACAACGACAACUACCACUACGACCACAACAGUCCGUAAUGAUGGUUCAACUCAAACUUACACUCACCCAUAUGACCCCUCAACCGACCCUCCUCCUGCAUCAACAACCACCUACCAAUCGAAUGAGCCACCCGUCCCACCAAUUGGAACUCCUCAGCCUACUCAAACACCAAUACCUUCAGAAACAGAAAACACCCUCCGAAGAACAAGUACUGAACGUUCACCACUUCGAAACUCCAAUCCCGUUCCCCCUCUCGUGAUAGACCAUACUAUGGAUCCGAAUUCCCCCAAUCCCUCAAAUAUCACCGGCACCAACACCACUACUACAAAUGCUCAAAUGAAUUCACAGGCCAACCAUGAUAUUCACGAUCAGAAUCUAACAUCAGACGCAAAUACGACCAAUCCACCAAGAAUGCCAAUUAACGAACAAACGCCAGGGAGUCCUACAAAACCCAACGUUAAUUUCUCUCGUCCAGGAGGCAAACGAGAAAGUAUUGCGAAUGCUGCGAGAGGUAUCCAUGGAGCUGGAGAAGCACUUAGGGGAAGUGUAAACUCGGCAAUUGCAGGAGGGCUUCGGGAUCAAAAGGACCUCGAGCAGAAUCGGGCAAUUAAAGAGCAGGGAAUGAGGGAAUUUACGAAUAGUGGGUUUAGAGAGAAGGCCGGGAAUAGGCUGAGGAGGAGAAGUGGAGGGAUUGCAAAUGGGAAUCAGGCUGGGGUUGUGGGAGGGAGAGUUUGA